AUGCCCGCUCCACCUCCGCCUCCACCGCCCAUGCCCCCCAUGGGUCGAGGCGCUGGAGGGCCACCACCCCCCCCGCCGAUGCCCGGGAAAGCGCCUGGAAAAGCACCUGGAGGUAGGGUGAGCGGAGGAGCAGGGAGAGUACGUCAUACCUUUGCGGGAGGGUGCCGAAGACCUCGAUUGCAUGCGUCUCGGCACGCUGCAGAGCGGGCUAACACGGCACAGGGAGCACUUCUAUCAGACAUCAACAAGGGCGCGAGGCUGAAGAAGGUCACGCAAAUCAACGAUCGAUCCGCGCCGCAGGUUGGAAAGGUAUCAGACGGCCCAAGUGGACCACCGAUCGGGGGCGCCCCGCCAAUUCCUGGCAUGGGAAAAGCACCAGCACCGCCAGGCCUCGCACCGCCAGUACCCGGGAACCGGGCGCGAAGUAACAGUGAUACUGGGGGAGAUGGAGCAAGAGAUGCUGGAAUGUCAAGCGGAGCCCCGCAGCUGGGAGGGUUGUUCGCGGGUGGAAUACCGAAGCUGAGGAAGGCGGGCGGCGUAAAUACAGGCGCAGACAGCAACUCUCCAUAUCUCUCGGAUCCGGAGACUUCACGAGGCUCAGCGCCCAAGCUACCUAGAGUAGCAGCGCCGAAGCCACGAGGAGCAGCGCCGCCUAUUCCUGGAGGUCGCCCCCCGCCUAAUCCGUCUAUUGCGGCCCUGAGAAACAAUCUCCGACCUUCGUCCAUGGUCUCGACACAUUCGAUGCCUGAUAUAGGAUCAAAACCAAAGCCUCCCCCGCCAGGAAAGAAGCCGCACAUACCUCCUCCGGCCUUCCGCAAGCCGUCGGGAUUUGCGCCUCCGCCUCCAGCGUCACCCGCACGAGCACCUCCUGUCCCGGGAUCCGCUCCGCCGGCUCCACCACCACCACCUCCCCCAGCACAUACGCCGUCAGCUCCUCCUCCACCGCCGCCUUCAGCUCCGUCGGCGCCACCUCCCCCACCAGCGGCAGCUCCUCGAGCGCCUCCAGCUCGCUCAACACCACCUCCACCGCCUCCCGGACCUCCUACACCAAAGGCUCAGGUUGAUGACGAUGAAUACGACCCAUAUCGCUAUAGUAGUACCCCACCGAAACCGCCAUCAGCACCGGCUCCUCCAGCGCCUAAGACUUCCAUUAGUGGCCCCACACCUUCGCUGGCCGAACAGGCUGCACGAAACGCUUUCGGUCGCGCAUCUCCUGCUGCCCCUCCGCCGCCACCUCCAGGAUCUCCGCCUCCAUUUGCACCUAGUGCGUCGGCACCACCCCCACCCCCAAUGUCUGCGCCAAGCCGCCCAGCUACGCAAGCACCGAUGCGGUCUAUGCUAGACCCAAGUUCGUACACGUUGACGAACGGUGGCUCGGGAUUGAAAAGCGGGCCAACGAGUCCAGGUGCAGGCCAUCACAAGGGUAAAAUCGUCCCAAUUCACGAUCUGCGAUGGAGGUUCCAGGAUGAAUCACAGUUCCCCAAGCCGAGGGACUUUGCCGGCGGGCCCAAGAGGUACAGGGCUGGCAGAGGAAGCAGUGUGCCCUUGGAUUUGAGCGCAUUCGAAUAG